CUCUGGUCUUGUUUCGUUUUACCUCAACCCCCUUUCGCUUUUCCCCUUCUCUUCCGCAUUUCUGAUUUGCCAUGAGAGCUGCCUUCGUUGCAGUCAUUGCGGCCGCUCUGGCCACCUCCAGCGUCGAGGCGAUGCCCGCCGUCCGUACCUACCGUGGCGAGAGCAGGUACAAGGCCGUGCACAUGGAGCCUCAAGAGGUUCCCCCUUUUCCCAACCCUAAGGACGAUCCUGAAUUCUACAGCCACCGCUACACAGAGGACUACGUCUCUCAGGGCUACAUUUCUCCCCGACCCGAAUGGGCACAGAGGUCGUUCGACUGGCUCGGGUCGCUGGCCUCAAAGGUGGGCAUCAACAUGGCCACUCUCGCCAAGAUCUCUUCGCCAUACUUUUCGGGAAGGCCCGUCUUUGAGUACACGACGACGAGCACCUUCAAGUUCAGCGGCUUCGAGGACGACGACUUUGCAGGCGUCGGCGAGGGCAAGUCGCGAAGCUACUUGGGCGAGAAUGGCACCAUUAAGUUCUUGCCCAACCUGCCCGAGGACUCGGGCUUCGACUACAAGAACGACAAGGUCCGUGGUGUCAACAUUGGCAAUUGGCUUCUCUUCGAGCUCUGGAUGGACAGCCAGCUGUCGUCCGCGCUCAACAAUCACGCCAUCAAUGCACCUCACGCCAACCCCAUCGUCGAUGAAUGGACAGCUGGCCUGUACAGCGACUACAACUGGGCCGAGCACGUCCUGACAAAGCACUUUGACACAUGGAUCACCGAGCAGGACUUCAUCGACAUCAAGAAUGCAGGCCUCAACCAUGUCCGCAUUCCCUUCCCCUACUGGUCAUUUGCUGAGGCAAAGGGCAAGAGCGCGCCGUACCUUACCCUGAACCGCUUUGACAAGCUCAUUGAAGCGUGCGGCUGGGCCAAGACGCACGGCCUCAAGGUGUGGGUCGACCUUCACGGUGUCCCAGGAUCGCAAAACGGUUACGACAACUCUGGCCAUGCUGGCGCGAUUCACUGGCCAAACAACCCUUCGUACUAUUCCCAAACGCAGUACGCAUACACCCGUCUCGUCACGCUCUUCUCCCAGCCCGAGUGGCAGGGCACCGUCACAGCGGUGGAGGCUGUCAACGAGCCCCUGGCCACCAACAGUCAGGGUGUCAAGGAUCUGAUUCAAAAGUACUACCCUUGGGCCCGGAACGAGGCGGCUAAGCCCGGCGGACAGGGCGACUACACCUCGCUGCUCAUGGUGAUGCACGACGCCUUCCUUGGCCUCAAGUACUGGGAGGGCUUCUUCUCCGAGCGGGCCUCCCAUCGCGUCCUUCUCGACACGCACCCCUACUACGUGUACGGUGAUGCCGAGAAGAAGAAGAAGGACUCGGCUCGUCUUCGUGAGGUCUGCGCAAAGGAAAGCCAGUUCACCCGAUCCCAGGGCUACUAUCCGACCAUCGCUGGCGAGAUUGGCGUGAAUGGGCCCAAUGGCGACCGCGCCUCGGACCGCGACCUUGCCAAAGGUCCCGUUCACUUCCCUUCGGGUCCUGACUACCCUUACAGCGUCAAGUACAUGGCUUUCAUGGCGCGCAACUUCCGGACGCAGCAGUACGUCUACGAAAAGGCCUCGGGCUGGAUGGUGUGGGCGUGGAAGAACCGCAAUGCUCGCGACUGGUCGUACCAGACUGGUCUUCAGUACGGCUGGAUCCCCAGCAACCUCGACGACAAGCCCUAUGGGGAUGAUCCUUGCGAUGGCUACCGCCUCCAGGACGCCACUGUCAGCCUCGACUCCACCGAGGUCGAGAUCUACGGCGAGGAGGAUUACUACUGAUGAGCUUCCUUUUAUGAAAUCGCUUUGACCAAUUUUCCCAUACUAUCUAUCCCCUCCAAACCUUUCUUUGCCCUAGCCUGGCAUGUUGAUCUUCUCAGUGCCUGCCUGUACGAAGUCCUUACGACAAAGUUACGAUCUAUAUUUACUUGUAGGACCUCUUUGCUCUUGAAAUAAUGCCUUGGACGAUGCCGAAG